AUGGCGAAGCUUGAAGCGAAGCUCGGAAUGAUAGUUGACUCCAUAUGCUUACGGUGUCGACGGCGUGGUCACCGAGCUAAGAAUUGCCCUGAAGUUCAAGUUGGUGCCAAUUAUGACAAGUAUUGUUACAAUUAUGGAGAAACUGAUCAUUCACUUGCAAAUUGUCCCCACCAUGUUCAAGAAGGAGGGACAAAGUUUGCAGAGUGCUUUGUCUGUAAACAGCAAGGACACUUGAGUAAAAACUGCCCUCAAAAUGCUCAUGGCAUCUAUCCUAAGAGUGGUGGUUGUAAAUAUAAAAUAUGUGGUGGCGUGACACAUUUGGCAAUGGAUUGCCCCGAAAAAGGGAAGAAAGCUCCUUUUGCUGCUAAUGGGCCUGCUGAUGGAUGUAAGCCUAAUCCUAUAUUCCUGGUUUUGAUAUCUAAAGCCUUGUGGAAUGGUACCAAAUUUGUGAGUGGGGAUGACAUUGAGGAUGACUUCAUGACAGAUGACAUAAAUAACAGAGACAAGGACAAGUCCUCAAAGUCCAAAGACGGUCGCAAACCAAAAAAGGGUCCUAAAGUUGUGAACUUCAGCUAA